GCAAAGGUCAGAGAGGAUGUUCAGCCAGAACCCCAGGCUGGACGUCAGGUACCAUUUGUGCCUCCGUCUUUCAGCCCCAUUUCAGGCCUCUGUGUUUGUUCCUCAUUAUUCAGCAGACGUUCUAGUGACUCACCCACCCGAGAUUGUUUGAAUAAUGUGUGUGAAGUGCUGUUCGCAGACAAAGGGCUGGAGAAUUCCAAGAUGCUAACUAGAAAGUUGACAUCACUUUCCCUCCUGUAAGAUGGCAGGGGAAGAAAAUUGCAGCGUGGGAGGCCAAGUGGAGGACCAUUCGUUUCCUUUGCUGAAUUAGUUUCCUCCUUUUGGGACCUUCCUGGAUGAAGCUCAGUUUGCCCAUCUGUGAAAGGGGAGUGUGGAUUUCUUGCCGUUAGGUGGAGCCAGAGGUUAAGCUAGUGCUUGGAGAUCCUGCCUGCCUGCUGAACCAACCCCCAGGGUAGAGAACUGACAGGUGGCCAAGCGGUGCUUGGGCUGGCUCGGGGCACACAUGCUGAGCCGGCAGUUAGAACCAGAAUCCGAAACAGCCGAUCACAUGCAGCUGGGAGCCCUUUAUUUUCCGGCCUGCGGUUGCCGACACAAUUAUCGAGCUAUGUUGAAUAUGUCUCUAUAUUAAUUAAAACAGGAGCGGGGAUAAAUAAUGCGCCUUUGCUGGAGCUGCCACAGGGGCUGCAGGCUCAGGAUUUGCAAGCCGGCUCACCACGGGGCUGAGCGAGAUGUCAGCCCAAGGAAGGAACUUAGAUGCCUUGGAGAUUGAUGCCUCCGGUGAGAUAGUCUCCAGAGGGGGUGCAAGGUCUGGGCUAGGGGAGCAAAAGGACUCCGUUAUGUUAAAUAAAGCCCGUAUCCUAUGGCAGCAGCCACUAAGGAGCUUACCAGAAUAAGCCAAUGACAUUCCUCGUUUGGCCUGAGCAGCUCAGAGUCAGGAAGUCAGAGCGCAGAAAAUUCAGCAGCUCUCAGAGGGCUCCAUGUUUGGCCACGGCCUGAAGCACCUGUUCCACAGCCGGCGCCGGUCUCGGGAGAGGGAGCAUCAGACGUCUCAAGAUUCCCAGCAGCAGCAGCAGCAGCAGGGCAUGUCCGACCAUGACUCCCCGGACGAGAAGGAGCGCUCCCCGGAGAUGCACCGCGUCUCCUACGCCAUGUCCCUGCACGACCUGCCCGCGCGGCCCACCGCCUUCAACCGCGUGCUGCAGCAGAUCCGCUCCCGGCCCUCGAUCAAGCGGGGCGCCAGCCUGCACGGCAGCGGCGGGGGCGGCGGCGGGGGCGGCAGCCGGCGCACCAAGAGCAGCUCCCUGGAGCCCCAGCGCGGCAGCCCCCACCUGCUGCGCAAGGCCCCCCAGGACAGCAGCCUGGCCGCCAUCCUGCACCAGCACCAGUGCCGCCCCCGCUCCUCCUCCACCACCGACACCGCCCUGCUGCUGGCUGACGGCGGCAACGUGUACCUCCUGGCCGAGGAGGCCGAGGGCGGCGAUAAGGUUGACAAGGGAGACCUUGUGGCCCUGAGCCUCCCCAGCGGCCCCGGCCACGGUGAUGCCGACGGUCCCGUCAGCCUGGACGUGCCGGACGGGGCCCCCGACCCCCAGCGGACCAAGGCUGCCAUCGACCACCUGCACCAGAAGAUCCUGAAGAUCACUGAGCAGAUCAAGAUCGAGCAGGAGGCGCGGGACGACAACGUGGCCGAGUACCUGAAGCUGGCCAACAAUGCGGACAAGCAGCAGGUGUCGCGCAUCAAGCAGGUGUUCGAGAAGAAGAACCAGAAGUCGGCCCAGACCAUCGCCCAGCUGCACAAGAAGCUGGAGCACUACCGCCGGCGCCUGAAGGAGAUAGAGCAGAACGGGCCCUCGCGGCAGCCCAAGGACGUGCUGCGGGACAUGCAGCAGGGCCUGAAGGACGUGGGCGCCAACGUGCGCGCGGGCAUCAGUGGCUUCGGGGGCGGCGUGGUCGAGGGCGUCAAGGGCAGCCUCUCGGGCCUCUCGCAGGCCACCCACACCGCGGUGGUGUCCAAGCCCCGGGAGUUCGCCAGCCUCAUCCGCAACAAGUUUGGCAGCGCCGACAACAUCGCCCACCUGAAGGACCCUCUGGAGGACGGGCCCCCCGAGGAGGCGGCCCGGGCGCUGAGCGGCAGCGCCACCCUCGUGUCCAGCCCCAAGUACGGCAGCGAUGACGAGUGCUCCAGUGCCAGCGCCAGCUCGGCCGGGGCGGGCAGCAACUCCGGGGCUGGGCCGGCGGGGGCGCUAGGGAGCCCCAAGUCGAACACGCUGUACGGGGCCCCCGGAAGCCUGGACGCUUUGCUGGAGGAGCUGCGGGAGAUUAAGGAGGGACAGUCCCACCUGGAGGACUCGAUGGAGGACCUGAAGGCUCAGUUGCAGAGGGACUACACCUACAUGACCCAGUGUCUGCAGGAGGAGCGCUACAGGUACGAGCGGCUGGAAGAACAGCUCAAUGACCUGACCGAGCUUCACCAGAAUGAAAUGACCAACCUGAAGCAGGAGCUGGCCAGCAUGGAGGAGAAGGUGGCCUACCAGUCCUACGAAAGGGCUCGGGACAUCCAGGAGGCCGUGGAGUCCUGCCUGACCCGCGUCACCAAGCUGGAGUUGCAGCAGCAGCAGCAGCAGGUCGUGCAGCUGGAGGGCGUGGAGAACGCCAACGCGCGGGCUCUGCUGGGCAAGUUCAUCAAUGUGAUCCUGGCGCUCAUGGCCGUGCUGCUGGUGUUCGUGUCCACCAUCGCCAGCUUCAUCACGCCCCUCAUGAAGACACGCCUGCGCAUCACCAGCACCGCCCUCCUGGUCCUCGUCCUCUUCCUCCUCUGGAAGCACUGGGACUCCCUCACCUACCUCCUGGAGCACGUGCUGCUGCCCAGCUGAGCGGCCAGCCCACCCCUGCCCCGUGCUCCCCCCGGCCCCAAGAUGGCCACGCUUCUCCAGGAGGGACCCGGGGACUCCCGAGUCCCUUGAACUUGUUCGUGUGUCUGGUUUGGCCUCUUGCCCAAACUGUCCAUUCCAGCAGCUCCUGCCCCCUUCUCUGUUCUUGCUUCUGUCUGACGCCUUCUCCCUGUUGGCCUGAAGGGAGCCUCGAGCGCAGCCCUGGCCGGGCACAGUGAGGACAUCCGUGGCCAAAUGGAGCAGAGGAGGACACCGGGAUGGACCGUUCUGAUUAUUUACAGUCACACAAGGACUUCUCCCAGCAGACUCAGGAUGCAGCAAGUCAGGAGGGUCAAGAAGAGGAGCAGGAGAGGGCCACGCCCCAUCCUUCCAGGGAAGAGCCCAACCUGGAGACAUCCACAGUUCCCUGCUGCGGAGAUGGUCAGGGUGAAGGCCAGACGGCAAGCAGGGGGUGGGGCUCUGCUGGCCUCAGAGAAUGCCAGGGAGAGAGGGCAGGUCCCCCCAGCCUCUGGGCACCUGCCGGGCCAGAGGGCAGGCUCGGUCCACCCCUGGUUCCUCCAGAGCUGGUUUGAGGCUCACUUCUGGGCUGGGCCCUUCCCGGGAUAUGAAGGACGCAGGCUCUGGAGGCCAGGUGGAGUACAGCUUUUGGACUUGUGUUUUCCCUGUUGUUCUUUCUGCCUGUCACUGGAUCUGCUCUUUUCAGGGAAACAGGCCCCAGGGGCCCCCCGAGCCUCAGCCUAAGCCCUUAGGCCUCUGGGAGCAUGUUGGGUUCUAUUUAUUUAUUUAUUUAUUUGUUCCUUUGUACCUUGUCCCCCCUGAGCUCCAGGGAGAGGGAGAGGCCCUGCCCCUGUCCUCUCUCGGAAGCCAGGGCCUUCUUCUUGGCUGUUGGGCACUUCCAUACCAUUUCGCCUCUGGAUAAUCCUGGCUAGGGGAAGGGGGGCGAAGCCACCCAGCCCCACUCUCCCAAAGCACCCCUCAGCCAGGACGGGAGGAGCAUAGCCUCUCUUUUAUACAUCUGUUUAUUUUGUAUGUGUGUAUUUGUGUGGAGGAGGUUGUUUGUUGCUUUAUUUUUUUAAGGCUCUGGAGUGUUGUGUAUGGUUUCUCGUCACAUCCCAGCCUUCCCACGGGCACUUCCAAGAAGAGAGGGCAUUUCUCGAAAAACAAAAGAGAAAUCCCUUAGAGCGGAGGAGGGUAGUGCCUGUCAGCUGUGGUGGACCUUCCUGAAAAAUAAAUAUCCUCUAAAUUUUCAAAGCA